UUUCGAGAGUUGACGACACUGUUAGCAUCAUUGUUCUCUUAGUUCGUGGUACAUGUCCGAUUUUUAUUAGAAAAUGACUAGCAAGGCCAAAGUGUCCAAGAUGAAGGAAGGCGCUCCAGAGGAGACGCCACUGAGGAAGAGGCCCUUCAAAAGACAUGGGCGUCUAUAUGCAAAGGCAAUUUUCACUGGUUAUAAACGCGGAUUACGCAAUCAACACGAGCACACUGCCUUACUCAAGGUUGAAGGAGCCGGCACAAAGAAAGACUCUGAUUUCUACGUAGGAAAACGAUGUGUCUAUGUAUAUAAAGCUAAGAAUAAAACUCCAGUACCUGGAAAGACUACGAAAAAAACAAAAGUUAGAGCCAUUUGGGGCAAAGUGACUCGGCCUCACGGUGCAAGUGGAUCGGUGCGUGCUAAAUUUAAGAGAAAUCUACCGGCCAAGGCUAUGGGUCAUCGCAUCAGGAUUAUGCUGUAUCCCAGUCGAAUAUAAACUCGUCUUAUAUUCGUCAAUCUCUUGUAUAAUAUAAAUAAAUACCAUUUUGGUAAAA